CAAAAGGGAGGGUUUCAAAUCAGGUCUGACUUGUCUGAAAGAGGAGCUUCAGGCUGUUCCUAGCCUGUCCAUGUUUUGUACUAGCAAGCUCAACACCAGGCUACACAAAGCAUUGAAUCUUGUCACAAAGAGGAACUUAAAAAUGAAGAUUUUACCUUUGCUGCUGGUCGUGCUGUUUGUGGUGGUAACAGUCCAUGCACAGCAGCAACAAGGAGGGAUCCAGGCACGAAGAAAGCGGCAUGUGGAUUCAGCAGGAAGCUCCGUUCUACUGCGUCGUUCCAAGAGAAGAUGGGUCCUCACUACGUUAGUCUUGGAGGAAAAUGAGCCUGGACCCUUCCCAAAGAAAGCUGGAGAUCUCUUCAAUGACAGAGCAGAAAACCACUCCCUCAAGUAUCUGAUCAGUGGUCCUGGAGUGGAUGAAGCCCCAGAGAUUGGCUUGUUCCAUAUCAACGAUCUCAGUGGGGAGGUGUUUGUGAACCGAGCUAUCGACAGAGAGAAGACACCCCUGUUUGUUGUGCGUUUUGAUGCUACUGAUAGAUUAACUGGGGAAACUUUGGACAAAUCUCUAAUUUUUAAUGUGGAAGUGAGGGAUAAAAAUGACAAUGCUCCCAGAUUUUCUCAGACUGUGUAUAAUUUCACACUGAAAGAGACCACCAACCUUGAUAGUCCAUUAUUCCAAGUCACAGCAACAGACGAUGACUUAGAAGACAGCGCGAAUUCUGCUUUUACUUAUUUCUUAAUCAAACAGAUACCAGAACUUCCAAAUGUCAAAUUAACUGUUGAUCCUCAAAAUGGUCUGAUUCGUGGGCAAGGAUGCUUGAGUUAUGAGGCCUCAAACUUCAUCCGACUAAUUGUGGGAGCGAAAGACCAAGGACCCGUGCCUUUAUCCAACUCAACUACUGUUAACAUACGUAUUCAGGAUGGGAAUAACAAUAUGCCGGUGUUCACUAGUGGGGAUAAAUAUGAACUCACUGUGGGGGAGGGAGAAAUAAAGCCGGCGUUGCUGCGAUUAAAAGUAGAAGAUAAGGAUAUCCCACAAACUCCAGCCUGGAAAGCCAAGUAUAAAAUAUUGACUGGAAAUGAGCAUGGAAAUUAUAACCUGACCACAGAUCCAGAAACCAAUGAUGGAAUCCUGAACAUUGUAAAGCCUUUGGAUUUUGAAGGUACCCCAACAAAGACGCUUUUUAUAACAGUUGAGAAUGAAGAACCAUACUUUUCAUGUGAGACUAAAAAACUCAGAAUGGACAAGACAGUCGCAUCGCCCAAUGUAACAGUCUUAAUCACUGUGUUGGACUCAAAUGAUGCUCCCGUUUUCACCCCUAAAGUUAAGGUCAUUCGAGAAAAAGAAGGUGCGAUGGUGGGCACAGUCCUUGGGACUUUCACUGCAACAGACCCAGACAGGGUGCCAAACAAAAUCAGGUAUAAAAUGGCACACGAUCCUGCAGGCUGGUUUAAGGUGGAUGAAAAUACUGGAGUUGUUUCAACAAUGCAAGAACUGGACAGAGAAUCGCCUUUUGUUAAUGGAAGUACAUACACAGCAUUGGUCUAUGCUAUAGAUGAUGGUGAACCUCCAGCUACAGGAACUGGUACAAUAUCCCUGUAUGUCUCGGAUAUAAAUGACAACACACCGGAGCUGACUACACCCUACAUGUCUAGAUGUGAUCAUCAACUCGAUGCUCCUUUCACGGUUCAGGCUACAGACAAAGAUAUGGACCCGUUUGCUGGGCCGUUUAAGUUUGAUCUGGCUGAUCAUUCCAAAAGUAUGACUCAAACAUGGCAAGUCAAGCAUGUCUCUGAUAAUACUGCAGAAAUCAUAAUGCUGAAAAGCCUUACAAAGGGCAACUAUACUAUUCCCUUUGACAUUUACGACAGACAGGGCACUUACAAAACCCAAAACCUGAAUAUCAGAGUGUGCUCCUGCCCAGACCAGAUAAACUGUGAGAAGAUGGCACCAGCGUCGUAUCAGCUGGGAGGUGGGGCGAUCGCAGCCAUCUUUAUUGCUCUGCUCCUGUUCUUGUUGGCACUAUGUUUGCUCAUGUGCUUUCUCUGUGGCUCUGCGAAGAAGAAGCACAUGUUGCCAAAUGAUGAAGGAAAUCAAACUCUUAUCAAGUAUAAUGAGGAGGGUGGAAGUGCACUAUCUCAGGCCACCCCAGCUACCCUGAUUGCUGCUGGAAACGGUACCAUGGAUUAUGGCGUAAAGGUGAAAGAAGCAGUUGGGAGAGUGGUGUCUAAUAGUAGUUUGCCUCGGUCGCAGUUUCAACAGUGGGAAGGAGAGAGAGAUAGUGUCGGACAAAUGAAGCCACGGGCACAGUAUCAAUCCUGGGAGACUGAUGGUGUUGGUGUGGGGUUGGCAGCUGGAGCUGGAGCAGGAGCAGGUGGAAGGCGAUUGGUACAAAAUGGAACAUGGACACAGCACAGUCAAGGAAUUCAGGGAGCCUUGGACACCAGCUAUACAUCAAGCAGCAAAUAUAUGAAAAACGGCACCUACAAAGCCAGGUCUGACAAUGCAUUUGUAGAGAAAAUUGGAGAUAUGUUGAGCAAGCGGUUGCAUGGACUUCCUGAUGACGAUGACCAAGGCAUGUACAAGCCCCGGGUAUAUGCAUUCGAAGGGGAACUUGAUCGAAUCGCCUCAAUGGAAUCUAUCAACUGCCCCGAUGACACGAUGGACUUUAGUUUCCUGGAUCAGUUUGACCCAAAGUUUGCCAGAUUAGAAGAAAUCUGCAAGAAGUAAAGAUGCAUCAUUUUUUUAUUGCAGACAGACUGAAUCCACUGGAACCUCUGCCUGGCUUAGCCCUGAGCAGCUCUUGAAAGUGCAUUUUAAAGGACUGAGACAUUGUCUCAAACAAGCUUACAUGGGCUGGGACUGAGGGGAAUUAUCGCUACGCUGCAGCUUAUAUGUUAUGUGCUGGGUAUUGUACUGUAUGUGCCUCUUUUUUUGUUCUGCUCACUUAAUUUGAAAUAAAUUAUAUUGGAUCAGA